UUUUAUUUUGCCUUUGCAAAAUUGAGUUGUUGCUGAGCUCACACGAAUCUUCUUCACACAGUGCUGGAGUCUCUAGGCUGCUAUGAAUGAUCGGUUUGUUAAACCAGGCAAUCAGGAGCAUGGCUGGAACGACCCGCCGCAGUUCUCCUACGGCCUGCAGAAAGAUCCAGGAGGACCGAAGCGAAAUCUUCUCAACAAGAGGGUACAUGCACCCCAACUCACAGGUUCAGGAUCGGAGACGCUGUCGACCCCAGUGGCGGGGAUCACGCCUCCCCGGGGAAUAAACCCUCCUCCUCCUCCGCUGGACAGCAUCACUCCUGCUCCCACCUGUCCCAGAAUCCCCUCUGAGGGAAGCGCAGAGCUGGAGACGGAGCCUCGCAUUGAGGACGUGCAAGAGUCGCUGUAUUGGGCGUUGAACGCAUGUAGACAUACUGUGAAGAAACAGAUCUGUGAUGAUGUAGAAAGGCGUCUGAAGCUUUUUGAGGACAUGUGGAAGAGUGGGAAACUCUCUCCUUUGGUUAAACGGAGGAUGCAUGGAUUGUCCCAAGCCGUGAAGAGCAGAAGCUGGGACGCGGCGGAUGAGGUUCACCGCGGGCUGAUGGUGGAUCAUGUGGCGGAGGUCAGCCAGUGGAUGGUGGGAGUCAAACGUCUCAUCGCUGAAGCUCGAAGCCUGGACCCACAACCGCUCAACAACUGCACUGAGGAUGCACAGCUCACAAACUGAUUUCUCUUAACUUAUGGUGGUGUUGGGGAACAAUUCUUUCUUUCAGACCUCAUUGUGAUUUUUCUUUGUAUUUUGAAACAGAAUUUGUUAAAAAUAUAGGCAUCAUGUAUCUUACUACUGUAUAUAAAAAUCAGCUUUUAAAAUAGGGUUGAUUUCCAACUCUUUCAGCCCGAAUAAAGCCCUCAGGCUCGACUGACAAGGUAUUGAAUUUGUGCUAUAUAUAUAUAUAUAUAUAAACAGAUUUGAUCAGUACUGUUAUAAUGUGCAAUAAAGUUAUGUUGAAACCUA